GGAAUGCUCGCAGGCUGCCGGACCAGCCGUUGGCAAAAUGAGUAUGACCCAAGGGAAGCCAAAUGAUCAGCCCCCGCAGAAUAUCCUGUUGUCCUCCCUAAAGGUUGGAGCCUUGAGUGGCUCGACUGGUCUUGUUUAUGGAGGCGUAUCAGGGGUUCUUCGAUCGCGUCACCCCGUCAUCCAUUCGAUCUCUUGUGGGAUCCACUGGUUUGCUUGUGGAACGUCUUUUUGGUGGUUGAGGAGCAAUCUCAUCCAACUACACUAUGAAGGGAAUGCUUCGCCCAAACAGCAGGCAUAUAUGAGCGCCCUCUCGGGGGGUAUCGCCGGAGGCGGUGUUACCAGAUUGAUGGGAGGUCGACUCAUUCCGGGCGCCGUCAUUUUCUCCUUGCUCGGCUACCUCGGGCAGUUGUCCUACAAUGCCGUCGACUCGUGGCAGAUGCAACAUGCCGGUGCUCCAUCCAAGCCCUUCCUCCAGCGAAUGGCUGAUUCCAAGUGGAUUCCGCUUCGGAGUCUUUCCGAUGAGGACUAUCGGGGGAUGCUGAGCGAGAAGUUGUUGGGCAUCGAAGCUGAAAUCGCCAUCAUCGACGAGAAGAUCGAUCAUCUGCAGCAAGCAAAAGCGAGCGGGCUGGAGACGCCGGUAGAAAAGCCAUGAGCUGUCUUUUUUUUGACUCGCAUCGCAAACAAUCCUGCACAGCACAGAAGACCAUCUGGAUGUCUCUACUAAAUCCCAGAGCGAGAAAUGACCGUCGCUCUGGACCAGCCGUCAACGACUCGGUAUCAGCUAUGGGGGGGUUCAGAUUGCACCAGAACAUCCCUAGAAGACGAAAAGAUGUAACCAGUGUAUUAUAUGUAUACUAUCG